CGCCGAUGACCACGUAACGAGGAGAGGCUGCCCGUUGUUGUUGACCGGCAUCGUCGACGAACUAUUGCGCCGCGCCACGGAAAACGGUGUGCAGGCGAGCCUCCCCGGCUGUCCGCACGUACACAGGCAGCAACAACGGAGUUGCCGCUCCAGCGCUGAGCCGUCGAGUUGCAGCGCAGCGGUGGCAGCGGCACGAGCGGGCGACCGGCCGCACCAGCAGCCACCACGGGUCACCGCGGCGCGGCCAUGGUCCAGGCCUGCGGUGCUGGGCCGGGCCACCAGGCCGAAUGGGACAUAAACGACAGCCACGUGCCCAAGGUGAGCCGCUUCGACGAGUACCAGGAGUGGGCGGACGGCCACUGCCGCUACGUGUACCGGCCCGACUGCGAGGAGGCCCGGCGGCACGCUUCGGGCUGGGCCAUGCGCAACACCAACAACCACAACGUGAGCAUCCUCAAGAAGUCCUGCCUGGGCGUGCUCGUGUGCAGCCUGCGGUGCUCGUCCGAGACUGGACACCGCGUUCACCUGAGGCCCGCCAUCUGCGACAAAGCGCGAAAGAAGCAGCAAGGCAAACCAUGCCCAAACCGUCGCUGUCCUGGUCGGCUGGAGGUGCAACCGUGCCGAGGCCACUGCGGAUACCCGGUGACUCACUUCUGGCGUCACACCGAGCAGGCGGUGUUCUUCCAGGCAAAGGGUCUGCACGACCACCCGCCACCCGAACCCAAGGCGACGGCCGAGGCUCGGCGAGCGCUCAGGGCCAAGCGCGCGGGACUGCCCGACCCCACUAAGGUCCAGCGUUCGGCGAGGGAGUGGCGCAGCCCGCUGGACGGGCUGCUCAAGGUGUCCAGGCCGGAGACCGCAGUGCAGCCAUUCUUCCACCGGCAAGCAGCUCCCAUUGUGACGUCACCUGUAGCCCCAGGAGCUGGAAGUGGCAGCCCUGCGGCUAGCGUGUGGCAGUGUUCGUGCCCUCCGUUCGAGUGCCUCUGCGGGGUCUCUACGGCAACGGCUACGGUGGCUUCGACGCCAGACUACCGUCAGGCGCCGGACCCGUGCAGUAUGGCGACCAUGAUGUCCUCGGCCAUAGAGAUGCACGCGGACACGGUCUUCCAAGUCAUCGACAAAAUCCUCUCAGUCGACGGCAGGCCGCCAGAAAAUCGCCACAACAGGCAACCGCCCGACACGCCGCAGCCACAGCCAGCGCUCACCGAUGCUGGAGAAGAGGACUACGUACUUACGUCGCUGGACGACCCAGAUAUCUCCCAAAGGUUCUUCGCAGCUAUCGACAACAUCCUGCAGGAUUACAGCGGUAGCGGCAGCAGCGCGGAACACGCUGCCGGAGCGCAGCACCCCCACCCGUCGAUGGCUAUGGCCGUGAGCCACGGUGGUGCCAUCAGGGUGAGGGAGCCGUCGUCGUCCUCCGACUGCUUGCAGCACCAUCAUCAUCACCACCACCCACGACCUCCCUUCUGGCCACCUCACACCACAGGUUACCCGGGCUCGCAACUACAGUGACGGCGACCGGUACUCGCCACCCGGAUUUCCCGCCGUGAACCCUGAAGCCCGUCCUUGCCCACCUCUCUUGUCAGUCAGCAGCGCCUGUCAUAUUGCACCUCAAUAAAGAUGCGUUAAGUUUGUUACGUA